AUGCCAUCCUUUGCGCCCUGGGUUUUGUCUUCGCUGCUACCUUUCAUUGCUUUUGGCGCUGCGGAGCCGAUCGCGAUACCCGCAGCUUUGGCAAAUGCGCAAACACUCUCCAACAACGCCCCGUUCUCUGGCGCAGUCUACAUUGUGAAUCCAGAUGGCCAACAAGUGGUAGCGCAAGACAACAACUGGUGCCCAAACACGGCAUCAGUAAGUUGUAGCAAUAUGGGCCACCCUAGCUGGUGCUGUCCUGCAAACUAUGCUUGCGUUUCGCCCGCCAAUUCCAAUGGACUUAUUGGCUGCUGUCCGAGCGGCAACACGUGUGGCGGUACGGUCAAUGUGGCCGAGGUCCACACCGUGACUGUAUAUCCCCAGCAGCAAACCGCAGUCGUCUACGCACAACCACCACCUCAAACUACCGUCUACCAUGACCCGGACCCCGCGGCUGCCGGCUUCUGCGCCACCAUCACCAUGGACGGACCGGGUCUCCCGCGAGCCGAGCAAGGACAAUGCGGGACCAUACUGGUAGUCAAUGAAGGGGCUCCCUCUUUGAAGACUCUGGGUGUGGGGGCCGGGGUGGUUACCUUGAUUCUCCAGUUGGCUUUUUUGCGUAUGUUUCAGCGGAAUUGA